UACCCUGAGAAAACCAUAAUUCAAAAAGCCACAUGCACCCCAAUGUUCAUUGCAGCACUAUUUACAAUAGCCAGGUCACGGAAGCAACCUAAAUGCUCAUCGACAGACGAAUGGAUAAAGAUGUGGUACAUAUAUACAAUGGAAUAUUACUCAGCCAUAAAAAGGAACGAAAUUGGGUCAUUUGUAGAGACGUGGAUGAAUCUAGAGACUGUCAUACAGAGUGAAGUAAAUCAGAAAGAGAAAAUCAAAUAUCGCAUAUUAACGCAAGUAUGGGGAACCUAGAAAAAUGGUACAGGUGAACUGGUUUGCAGGGCAGAAACAGAGACAGAUGUAGAGAACAAACGUAUGGACACCAAGGGGGGAAAGCGGCGGUGGGGUAGGGUGGGGUGGUGGUGGGAUUAAUCGGGAGAUUGGGAUUGACAUGUAUACACUGAUGUGUAUAAAAUGGAUGACUAAUAAGAACCUGCUGUAUAAAAAAAAUAAAUAAAAUUCAAAAAUUCAAAAAAACAUUUUACUGUUUGCUAAGAAUUAUUUUGAAUUGUGAUCAAAUCAUGUGUCCUAUUAUAUCUCUUUAUUCAACUCGUAUGGGCUUUUUUUAAAAAUUGAAGUAGAGUUGAGUUACAAUGUUGUGUCAAUCUCUGCUGUGCAGCAGUGACUCAGUUAUACACACAUAGACACUUUUUUUCAUAUUCUUUUCCAUUAUGGUUUAUCACAGGAUAUUGAAUGUAGUUCCCUGUGCUAUACAGUAGGACCUUGUUGUUUAUCCAUCCUAUACAUAAUAGUUUACAUCUGCUAAUUGUAUGGAUUUUUUUGUGGCCCGGUACAUGAUUAUUUUCUGCAAAUAUUCCAUGGGUUUAAAUAGAUGCAAAGUUCUCUCCCUACACAUAACAAUUAAAUUAAGCUUGAUUUCUUCAUUUUCGCACCUGUUUUUUGUCUGCAUAUCUGUCCGUUUCUGGAAUGGGUGUACUGAAGCCUGGGGAAGGGUGAGGACAGAGUUCUGGUCUGUGGCACAGCCUGCAGGACUCCUGCCAUUGCCAUGGACUCCAAGGAGGAGAGGCGGGGGGGAGGGGAGGGGCGGAGCCAGGUGGGACGGUCCGUCUGGUUGCCUGGAGGCGCGACCUGGACACAAUGGGGUCUGGGAGCUGGGCCGGGCAGGGGCAGGAAUCCAGACACCCCACCCUGCCUUCCCAGCCAGGAGACACAGGAGCAGGUCAGUGCCUCAACUUCGGGGGCCCCCCUCCGGCACCAGGCCCCCCACGCCGCUCCCUGGCCCCGGUAUCCUCCCCCAAUGUCCCUAAAAUAUCCCAGUUCUCCAGAACCCCGGGGAAUUCCUCUCCCGCAGUGUUGAGUCCAAACUUGGAGCGCGUACAUACACCUCCACUGAACUCAUUUUGGGGGUGAGGGACGAGAGACGGCCUCGAAGCUCUGUCCCUGCCCCGCGCCCCUCUGGAGCCGGGAAAACUACCGUUUGUUUCCCCAUCUGGAGGGGAUAGGGAGUGCGGCCCUGCGAGUCAGGGUGGAGGGGCCGGGGCCGCCACCUUGUGUCCGCAGGUGUUGCCGGCAGCAAGCGCUCCCACCGUUACCAUGGGCUCGGAAGUCUGGGUCGGCCCGUGGCGGCCGCACCGGCCCCGCGGCCCCAUCGCAGCGAUCUACAGCGGCCCGGGGCCCAAGUACAAGCUGCCAGCCAGCACCGGUUACAUCCUGCACGACCCGUCGCGGCCCCGCGCCCCCGCCUUCACCUUCGGCGCACGCCUCCCCACGCAGCAGACUUCGCGCGGCCCCGGGCCAGGUCACCUGGUGCCCGCUCGCAUGACCGUGCGCGGCCGCGACGGCGCCCCCGCCUACUCCAUCUUCGGCCGCCCGCGCCACGCAGCGCCCUUCCUCACUCCCGGACCGGGCAGGUACUUCCCGGAGCGAGCAGGGAACGCGGCGUACCCCAGCGCGCCUCGGCACACCAUCGCUCCCCGAAACUGGGGCCUCCGCCCGGAGUCGCAGACCCCAGGCCCCGGGACCUACACUGUGCCCUCGCUCUUGGGCCCGCGCGUCGUCGGUAAAGUCUCGGCCCCGAUUUACUCCAUCUACGGCCGCAGCGCGGUGGGCAGCUUCUGCGAGGACCUCAGUAAGACCCCCGGGCCCUGCGCCUACCAUGCGGUGAGCCCUGGGAUCUACAAGCCCCGGGCCCCCCAGUUCUCGAUGCUGGCGCGGACUUCGUUCCCCCAAGGCAACAGCCUGAAUCCCGGGCCUGCAGCCUACAACUUGGACCAGCACCGGAAGCCUCGCGGCUGGAGCUUCGGGAUCCGGCACUCGGACUACCUGGCCCCGAUGGUGACCGACGUGGAUGACUGACCAGCCGGGCGCGCGCGGCCCCACGAAUGUUUCUUCUUAAAACCUCUGGAGCCAGCAGCCUGUUGGCCUCUCUGUGCUUGCGGCG